AAUAUAUAUAAACCUAUUUCACUACAUAGUUCAGGUUUGAAUUUAUAUAAACCUAUUUCACUACAUAGUUCAGGUUUGAAUUUAUAUAAACCUAUUUCACUACAUAGUUCAGGUUUGAAUUUAUAUAAACCUAUUUCACUACAUAGUUCAGGUUUGAAUAUAUAUAAACCUAUUUCACUACAUAGUUCAGGUUUGAAUUUAUAUAAACCUAUUUCACUACAUAGU